AUGUCUCCCAACAUCAUACCCAAUUCACAACCCGCAUGCUUCCCAACAUCAUCCCCCAUUCACAACCCGCAUGUCUCCCCAACAUCAUCCCCCAUUCACAACUCGCAUCGCUCCCCAACAUCAUCCCCCAUUCAAAAUCCGCAUGUCUCCCCAACAUCAUCCCCCAUUCACAACUCGCAUCGCUCCCCAACAUCAUCCCCCAUUCACAACCCGCAUGUCUCCCCAACAUCAUACCCCAUUCACAACCCUCAUGCCUCCUCAACAUCAUCCCCCAUUCACAACCCGCAUGUCUCCCCAGCAUCAUCCCCCAUUCACAACCCGCAUGCCUCCCCAACAUUAUCCCCCAUUCACAACCCGCAUGCCUCCCCAACAUCAUCCCCCAUUCAAAACCAGCAUGCCUCCCCAACAUCAUCCCCCAUUCACAACCCGCAUGCCUCCAAACAUCAUCCCCCAUUCACAACCCGCAUGUCUCCCCAACAUCAUCCCCCAUUCACAACCCGCAUGCCUCCAAACAUCAUCCCCCAUCCCCAUCCCUCCCCAACAUCAUCCCCCAUUCACAAUCCGAAUGCCUCCCUAACAUCAUCCACCAUCCCCAUCCCUCCCCAACAUCAUCCCCCAUUCAAAAUCCGCAUGCCUCCCCAACAUCAUCCCCCAUUCACAACCCGCAUGUCUCCCCAACAUCAUCCCCCAUUCACAACCCGCAUGCCUCCCCAGCAUCAUCCCCCAUUCAAAAUCCGCAUGCCUCCCCAACAUUAUCCCCCAUUCACAACCCGCAUGCCUCCCCAGCAUCAUCCCCCAUUCAAAAUCCGCAUGCCUCCCCAACAUCAUCCCCCAUCGGUAUCCCUCCCCAACAUCAUCCCCCAUUCACAAUCCGCAUGCCUCCCCAACAUCAUCACUCAUCCCCAUCCCUCCCUAACAUCAUCCCCCAUUCACAACCCGCAUGCCUCCCAACAUCAUCCCCCAUUCACAACCCGCAUGCCUCCCAACAUCAUCCCCCAUUCACAACCCGCAUGUCUCCCCAACAUCAUCCCCCAUUCACAACUCGCAUCGCUCCCCAACAUCAUCCCCCAUUCACAACCCGCAUGUCUCCCCAACAUCAUCCCCCAUUCACAACCCGCAUGCCUCCAAACAUCAUCCCCCAUUCACAACACGCAUGCCUCCCAAACAUCAUCCCCCAUUCACAACCGCAUGCCUCCCCAACUUCAUCCCCCAUUCACAACCCGCAUGCCUCCCAAACAUCAUCCCCCAUUCACAACUCGCAUGCCUCCCAACAUCAUCCCCCAUUCACAACCCGCAUCCCUCCCCCACAUCAUCCCCCAUCCCCAUCCCUCUCAAACAUCAUCCCCCAUCCACAACCCGCAUCCCUCCCCAACAUCAUCCCCCAUUCACAACCCGCAUCCCUCCCCCACAUCAUCCCCCAUCCCCAUCCCUCUCAAACAUCAUCCCCCAUUCACAACCCGCAUGCCUCCCAACAUCAUCCCCCAUUCACAACCUGCAUGUCUCCCCAACAUCAUCCCCCAUUCACAACUCGCAUCGCUCCCCAACAUCAUCCCCCAUUCACAACCCGCAUGUCUCCCCAACAUCAUCCCCCAUUCACAACCCGCAUGCCUCCAAACAUCAUCCCCCAUUCACAACACGCAUGUCUCCCCAACAUCAUCCCCCAUCCCCAUCCCUCUCAAACAUCAUCCCCCAUCCACAACCCGCAUGCCUCCCAAACAUCAUCCCCCAUUCACAACUCGCAUGCCUCCCAACAUCAUCCCCCAUUCACAACCCGCAUCCCUCCCCAACAUCAUCCCCCAUUCACAACCAUUAUCCCUCUCCAACAUCAUCCCCCAUUCACAACCAUCAUCCCUCCCAAACAUCAUCCCCCAUUCACAAACUGCAUGCCUCCCCAACAUCAUCCCCCCAUCCCCAUCCCUCCCCCACAUCAUCCCCCAUUCACAACCCGCAUCCCUCCCCAACAUCAUCCCCCAUUCACAACCAUCAUCCCUCCCUAACAUCAUCCCCCAUUCACAACCUGCAUCCCUUCCCAACAUCAUCCCCCAUCCGCAUCGCUCCCCAACAUCAUCCCCCAUUCACAACCCGCAUCCCUCCCUAACAUCAUCCCCCAUUCACAACCAUCAUCCCUCCCCAACAUCAUCCCCCAUUCACAACUCGCAUGCCUCCCCCACAUCAUCCCCCAUCUCCAACCCUCCCCCACAUCAUCCCCCAUCCCCAUCCUUGCCAAACACCAUCCCCCAUCCCUCCCUAACACCACCCCCCAUUCACAAUCCGCAUGUCUCCCAACAUCAUCCCCCAUUCACAAUCCGCAUGCCUCCCAACAUCAUCCCCCAUUCACAACCCGCAUGCCUCCCCAACAUCAUCCCCCAUUCACAACCCACAUGCCUCCUCAACAUCAUCACCCAUUCACAACCCGCAUGUCUCCCCAACAUCAUCCCCCAUUCACAACCCGCAUGCCUCCCAACAUCAUCCCCUAUCCACAACCCGCAUCCCUCCCCAACAUCAUCCCCCAUUCACAAACAUCAUCCCUCCCCCACAUCAUCCCCAAUCCCCAUCCCUGCCAAACACCAUUCCCCAUCCCUCCCUAACACCGCCCAUCCCCCAUUCACAAUCCGCAUGCAUCCCAACAUCAUCCCCCAUUCACAAUCCGCAGCCCUCCCAACAUCAUCCCCCAUCCCCAUCCCUCCCAAACACCAUCCCCCAUUCACAACCCGCAUCCCUCCCAAACAUCAUCCCCCAUUCACAACCCGCAUCCCUCCCAAACACCAUCCCCAAUCCCAGAAUCAGCUGACUGAAGAUGACGAUGGAUAUGACAAGUCUGUGUGUUAA